UGUCGCGGACAGUCUUGGCUGCAUUCAUAUGUACAUUGCACCACAUGACAAAGGUAUCGAAAAAAAGUUCAUUUUCUCUCUCCCUGUCUAGCUUUUUUACUUUUUCUUAACUUCUCUCUCCUUCCUCGAUGCUUUCUUCAAUGGCGAAUCUCCAUUUUCAACGUCUUCACCAUUUUCUCAGCUUUGCAGUUCUAUUAUGUCUGGUUUCGGUACGGUUCUGUAUAGUUUCUUCAGUGGUUCUGUUUGGUUUGAGGAAUCACCAGAAGCACCCACACCAUAGACACCCAAUGCUCUCAGCCAAUCAGAGUUCAUGCUCAUUGUUCAUGGGCAACUGGGUUCAGGACGAUAGUUAUCCAUUGUAUCAAUCUUCUUGUCAAUUCAUAGACCCACAGUUCAAUUGCCAAAUGUACGGCAGACCCGACACCGAUUACCUCAAGUAUCGAUGGCAACCUGCCAAUUGCGAUAUCCAGAGAUUCAACGGCCUUGAUUUCGCGAUGAAAAUGAAAGGGAAAACUGUGAUGUUUGUGGGUGAUUCACUGGGGCGUAAUCAAUGGCAGUCGUUGAUUUGCAUGAUAUCUGCUGGGCUUCCUGCGGGAUCACCUACGCAAAUCAGCAAAGGAUAUCCUCUCUCUACCGUCAAGUUCCAGGAGUAUAGUGUGACGGUGUCGUAUUACAAAGCUCCAUACCUUGUCGACAUUGAUAUCGUACAAGGGAAAAGAGUGCUCAAAUUAGAUGACAUAAGAGGGAAUGCUAAUGCUUGGAGGGGUGUAGAUGUGUUGUUGUUUGACACCGGUCAUUGGUGGACUCACAAGGGAUCAAACCAAGGGUGGGAUUAUAUGGAAUCAGAAGGGAAUUUUUACCAAGACAUGGAUCCAUUAGCUGCUUUAGAGAAAGGGCUAAGAACGUGGGGAAGAUGGGUUGAUAGCAACAUUGACACCACCGUAACAAAAGUUAUUUUUCAGAGUAUUUCUCCAUCACAUUACAACUUGGGUGGCAGCCCGAGCGAAUGGAAUGCAGGGGCAGUAACAACCUCCAAGAGCUGUUAUGGUGAGACGACACCAAUGAAUGGUGGCAGUGCGGCCUAUACUGAGGGUGAUUCGGAUCAAACGAGGGUGUUGGAAACAGUUCUAAGAGACAUGAACAACCCUCCCUUUCUACUUGACAUAACAUUGCUAUCAGCAAUGAGAAAAGAUGCACAUCCCUCAAUCUACAGUGGAGAUCUCACCCCGGGACAAAGAGCUAAUCCUGACCAUUCAGCUGAUUGUAGCCAUUGGUGCCUUCCUGGGUUGCCAGAUACUUGGAAUCAACUCUUAUACACUGCUUUAUUCUUUUUACAUUAGUGCAUGUUUGGUACUAGAUCUUACUAAACUCCACAAUGGGCGAUGCUGUCUAAUUCUACUCACUAAACAUGUCAUUAAUGUAGUAGCGUUAUUAACCCCUACUCCCUCCCAAUCCCACACCACAACACCUGUUCUACAAUUAUAAUUGUAUUGCUAUAUAUAGGUAGUAAUUUUAAUCCAUUCAACAAGAGAAUGCAAGUUCCCUCGUCGUUGCAUACAAAAUGUUAGGGAUAACAGCUGGUGAUUUAUUUGGUUGUGAAAUGAACCCUUAGAGAUGUAGAGAAAAAAAUGCAGUUAUAUGAGCAUAUGCAAUUUCCUUU